GCGAGUUUCGUGCUUCCUGGACGUUCAGCUUGUGUUGCUGGUAGAGGAGCCGGAAAGCAACGGCAAUGCCGUUAGGUUUUAUGUUGUUUUUUUAAAAAAUCCCAUUUUGGUUUUCCUUUUACACCUCUGAACUCAGUUAAUAAACUCAGAAUAAAAUUCGUGCAGAAACUGGAGGAGAUCCCUCAUUAUUGGUCUUCCAGGAUUUAACGUGCAUAAACAUCCCUGUUUGUAGAUAUAUUAUUUAACGUGUAGAGAACCGAGGCAGCGAGACGCGGUGCGGAGAGGGGAGCCCCAGUUCUUGCUAUGAGACAGACGGCGAAACUCCGGUAGCGACUCGGUGGGCAAUGCGAUGAGGCUCAGAAAUGGGACUGUGGCGUUUGUGUGUGUCUCCUUCGUCAGCCUGUCCUGGUACACAACCUGGCAAAAUGGAAAAGAGAAGCUAAUUGUCUAUCAGCAUGAGUUCCACGCCUUGAGGGAACGGCUACGUGCAGCUGAACACCGAACGUUGCAGCGUUCCUCAGAACUAAAUGGUGUCCUGGAGCAAUUCAAACGUAUAGUGGCUGCAUCAAAUGGCAGCAAAGAGGCCCUGAGCAAUUUUUCAGAUGAUGCCAAAAAGCUGUUGAAAGAUUUGACCAACAAGAAUGCCCUAAAAGUGCCAAAUAUCUACCAUCACAUGCCCCACUUACUGAACACUGAGGAGAGCCUACAGCCUGCUGUGCAGGUUGGAAGUGGCAGAACUGGUGUGUCCUUAGUUUUGGGGAUUCCAACCGUGAAGAGAAAAGUUAAGUCCUAUCUUGCAGAAACACUUCACUCAUUAAUAGAUAAGCUGUCUCCUGAAGAGAAACUAGAUUGCGUUAUCGUGGUGUUCGUAGGAGAGACUGAUCUCAAUCACGUUCAUAGUGUCCUGGAAAGCCUAGAGAAAGAAUUUUCCAUAGAAAUCAAUUCAGGGUUAAUAGAAGUCAUAUCACCUCCUAUCACUUACUACCCAGACUUGACAAGCCUGAGGGAAACCUUUGGAGAUUCAAAAGAACGUGUCAGAUGGCGGACAAAACAGAACUUGGAUUAUUGCUUCCUUAUGAUGUAUGCCCAGAAAAAGGGGAUUUAUUAUGUUCAGCUUGAAGAUGACAUAGUUGCCAAAGAUCAUUACUUCAGCACCAUGAAAAAUUUUGCACUUCAGCUUUCUUCUGAAGAUUGGAUGGUACUAGAAUUCUCGCAGUUGGGAUUUAUAGGUAAAAUGUUUCAGUCUCCUGAUUUGAAUCUUAUUGUGGAGUUCAUCCUGAUGUUCCACAAGGAGAAACCCAUUGACUGGCUGUUAGACCAUAUCUUGUGGGUGAAGGUUUGCAACCCUGAAAAAGAUGCAAAACAUUGCGAGCGGCAAAAGUCUAACAUCAGGAUUCGAUUCAGACCAUCCCUAUUUCAGCACGUUGGGCUGCAUUCUUCGCUGGCAGGCAAAAUUCAGAAAUUAACAGAUAAAGAUUUUAUGAAGCCUUUACUUCACAAAAUGCACGUUAAUCCUCCUGCAGAAGUUUCAACAUCUCUAAAAGUUUACCAAGGUCAUUCAUUAGACAAAGCUUACCUGGGAGAGGACUUCUUCUGGGGCAUCACUCCUCUUGCUGGUGACUAUAUACUUGUCAGGUUCGACAAACCGCUGAAUAUAGAUAGGUACCUGUUUCACACUGGGAAUACAGAACAUCCUGGAGACCUGCUGUUGAAUACAAGUGUUGAGGUUUUGCCUUACAAGGAUUCAGGGUCUGACUUCCUUCAGGAGACCAAAGAAUCAAGAUACAAGCGCACUGAAGAUGGAUUUUUCAGAAUAGGCAUAUUUGCAAAUGGAGUAGCUGAAGGUGCUAUUGACCAGCGACUGAAUCCCAUCACUGCCAUUAGGUUGUCAGUUUUACAAGAUUCCACUGUGUGGGCUCUUCUUGAUGAGAUCCAGCUUAAAAAAGCUGCCAAUUAAUCAGUAUUUAAACAAGAUUGAGAAUGGAUCUAUUUUAUACAACAAAAAGUCCCACAGAAGUUUAAUAACUUCGUAGAUACUCUUUAAUAAUGAAAUGUUGGUACUGAUCACAGAAUUCAUGGAUAUAUCGCCUCAUCGUCUGAUCGCCGUGGAUGUUUAUUGUUCCCGGACACUACCUCCUGUGAAAUCUACUGUAAUUUUCUAUGUAACAAUCCUAAUUUUGAAGAAUUAUCAGCUGGAACUUCUUGGUAAUCAGAAGCUAAUAGACUGGUCUACUUAUCAUGAGUUUAGCUGAGGUAUAAACGUAUUUUUUGUUACCCAUUUUAUCAGUAAAAUUUACCUAAAUGCUAAGUAAAGAUAAACAAAUAAGUAAGACUACUUCUGUAUAAAGAGGUUAAAUGUGUUACAAUGUUUGAACAUACAUUGUGCAUCAGGGACAGAUACUGUACAAACAGGCGGGAAAGGAUAGGUCAGGCUGAUGAGACAAGGAAACCUUUAAUUUAUUGUAAAUAUGCAUAUCAUAGAUGUGUAUCAUGUUUUAAGGCAUUCCAGGCAGAUGUAGUUUUUUGAUCAUAAAUACUAUAUUUAAUUUCUAAGCAAUUAUGUUAACUUCUGAAGAAAUGUUUUAAUUUUUAUGAAGGAGAAAAAUUGCCUUUUCGAAGCCUUGACUUGUGAAUGUUGAAAUUUGCCAUGUCCUUGAGACGCAGAUGUAUCUCAUUGUGUUCCAGCAGCAUUGAGGCGUGUAAAGACAUAUGUGCCUUAAGUGUCACAUUGCUACAGCUGGUUAGUAUUGGCAAUAUUGAGCUGAUAGCAGGCAACAAUUCUUCUUUUUGUUUUAACAAGUUAUUCACUUAUAAAGAGGCCAAGAAAAAGUGGAAAUCUUGCUUAUUGGAAAAUAUUCUUAAUGAUCUCAACAUCAUUUUCAGGAAAGUAAUGUAUUAUUAAUAUAGUACUUAUACAUUACACCCAUAAGGCAAAAAAGUAACUUUUAAGGUAUCAGGUAGGUCCUUUCAUAGUAGCUUUGUAUCAUCACUUAGGAGAAAGUGAGGACUGCAGGUGCUGGAGAUCAGAGCUGAAAAUGUGUUGCUGGAAAAGCGCAGCAGGUCAGGCAGCAUCCAAGGAUCAGGAUGCUCAUUCCUGAAGA